AUGGAGGAGGGGAGGUCCAAGCGCGCCAUAGUGCCCCGCGGGGGGCACAAAUUCAAAAGCGCGCUCGACAAACUCAAGGAGCUGAAGAAGUCGGGCGCCAAGCAGGUGGAUAGCUUCGAACUGCGCGAGGAGGAGGCCAUCUACGACGAGCUCGACGCCGCCGGCUAUGCCAAGCUCGUGCAGAAGCGGCGGGAGGAGGGAGGAGGCUUUGUGAUCGACAAGGACGGCCUGGGAUAUGUGGAUGUUGGCGAGGAGGAUGACUGGGGCGCAGAGCAGCAGGAGGAGGAGCAGGCGGAGGGCGAGGGCGGCGGCGAGGGCAAGGGCAAGAAGGGCGCGGCCGGCGGCAAGCGCAAGGCGGCCGCGGAGCCAGUGCCAGGCGCCCGCGUGCGCAUGCAGCGCAUGUUCCAGACCGCCCAGGCAAAGGCCAAGCCCAGGGCAGCCGUGGAUGACGCCUCAGCAGAUGCGCUGCUGGACGAUAUUCUGGGAGGCCUGGACGGCGGCGGCGGCGGCGGCGGCGGCAAGCCUGCCGCCGCGGCGCCGCACCCCCGCGCCGGCCUGCCCGCCCGCAGGCAGCUGCAGGCUGCCGCCAGCCGCGCGGCAGUCGUGACACCCAAGGCAGCCAGCCUCGCCGCCCUGUCUGCAGCCAAGCCGAGCACCGCGCGCACGCCGCCCGCUGCGGCAGGCGCAGGGCUGGGGCAGGCAGCAGGGGUUGAAGCUGCUGACGAGGAGAUGCUGCCGGCAAAUGAGCUGGGCGGCGAUGACGGCAUGCCAGCUGGCAUGGAGGAGGAAGAAAGCGACGUGGCGGCGCCAGCUCAGCACGACGCGCCGCCCACGCAGACUGCCCAGCAGCAGCAGCAGCAGCAGCAGCAGCAGCAGCAGCAGCAGGGCAAGCAGGGCACGCCCGGCGGCGCGGCGCCGGGCGGUGGCGGCGGCAAGGCUGCCUGGCGCACGCCCGCCCCGCUGGCGCCUGAGGCGCCCACGCCUGCCACCGCGGGGCCUGCCUCCGGCUGGCAGCUCAUGUAUCAGGAAGAAGAGGCAGAGGAGGCGGAGGAGGCGGCGGCGGGGGCAGGCGUCGCCGCGGUACCGGCGGCAGAGUGGUCCGACGAUGGUAGCCUGCCGCUGGACGGCGGCGGGCAGCUGCCUUUCUACCUGGUGGACGCCCACGAGGAAGCUGCCCAGCCCGGUACCGUCUACCUGUUUGGCAAGGUACCCCUGCAGGACCGUCACCUGUCCUGCUGCGCCAUCGUGCGCGGCAUGCAGCGCAACGUGUACGUGGUACCGCGCAAGGCGGUUGCAGGCACCGACAUCGCGGCGGCUGAGGCGGCGGCGGCGGCAGACCCGGCGGCGAGAAAGGAGCUGCUCCCCCUGCUGCAUCAAGCAUUCAGCGAGGUGAAGGCAGAGGUGCGCGGCCUGCUUGCGCAGCACCGGGUGACGCAGAUGAGCAUGAAGCCGGUGAAGAGGCAGUACGCGUUCGAGGACCCGGCGGUACCGCACGGCACCCAGUGGGUGCUCAAGGUCAAGUAUCCCGCCACCCAGCCCGCGCUGCCGCUGGGCCUGUCCGGUACCACCUUCUCCGCGCUGCUGGGUACCAACCAGUCCAUGCUGGAGGCGCUCUCUCUCAAGCGGCGCAUCAUGGGCCCCUGCUGGCUCAGCAUCAAGCACCCGCGCCGCGUGGCGGCAGAGGCGCAGGUGUCUUGGUGCAAGGUGGAGGUGGAGGUGGCUGGGCACAAGGAGGUGACAGCCAAUCCCGCUGACAACAAGGAGGCGCCGCCGCUGACGGUGGCGGCCCUGCACGUGCAGACGGCGGUGCCAGCUGGCGGCGCCGCCAACGAGGUGGUGGCUGCCAGCGUGGUGUACCUGCAGGCGGUACGGACCGACGGGCCCAUGGCGCAGGAGGAGUGGAACCACCCCUCCCAGCUGCGCCACUUCAGCGCGGUACGCCGCCUGGACGGCCACCCCUUCCCGCCAGGAUUUGACGCCGAGGUGCGCAAGGCCAACGAAUCCGACAUCGGGCGGCGCAACGGCGGCGCCAUGUUGUCCAUGCAGGCACGCUUCCUCCCCUGCCGCCACGCUUUCUUCCCGGUUCCAAACUGGAGCAGCCUGGGGCGACUCAAGCGCAGCCGCUUCCCCAGCCUGGGCGGCGGCGGGCAUCAGUUUGGCGGCGGCGCCGGCCCCGGCACGCUGUCGGUGGUGGCGGGCCGCCUCCUGUGCGACACUUACCUCUCUGCUCGGGAGCUGGUGCACCAGGUGGACUACACGUUGACCACGCUGGCGGGCGCCCUGCUGAAGCAGGAAAGGACGGAGCUGGGCCCCACAGAUGUCCCGGGUGGGUGGGACAAAGAGCAUCUGGCCAGGCGAGCCGCCGGCCCAGAGGAGGGCGAGGAGGGCGAGGAGGGCGGCGCGCCCAAGGCUGGAGGCAAGAAGUCGAAAGGGCCCCAGGCAAGCCCUCCACGCCGCGCCCACCUGGGUGCACCCUAUUACGCGGGCGGCCUGGUGCUGGAGCCGCGCAAGGGGCUGUACGACCGCUUUGUACUGCUGCUGGACUUCAACUCCCUCUACCCCUCCAUCAUCCAGGAGUACAACAUCUGCUUCACCACCGUGCAGCGCGGCCAGGGGCGCGAGAUCCUGCAGUCGACGGUCAACGUGGUGCAGGACAGCGUGGGGAAGGAGGUCAUCUACGGCGACACCGACUCGAUCAUGGUCUACACCGCCAGCACAGACCUGGCGGAGGUGGUCAAACUUGGUCAACAGAUCAAGCGGGAGGUCAACAAACGGUACCGCCUGCUGGAGAUCGAGAUGGACGGCGUGUUCAAGUGCAUGCUGCUGCUGAAGAAGAAGAAGUAUGCCAGCGUGAAGGUGGAGGUGCAGGCGGACGGCAGCACCGUGGAGCUCACCAAGCGACCGGACGACUACCCAGAUGCCAAGAACCAGCCCCACGUGCAGGUCGCGCUGCGGCGGCGCGCCUCAGGCAAGCAAAACGGCGUCAUGGCGGGCGAGACCGUGCCCUACAUCAUCUGCCGCGAGGCGGACGCCGACGGCGGCCUGGUACCGCUGGCGGCGGGGGGCGGCAAGGGCCUGGCCGACCGCGCUUUCCACCCCGAGGAGGUCAACGCCAGCUCAGCGCUGGUCGUCGACACAGAGUACUACCUCGCGCAGCAGGUCUUCCCAGUUGUCUCCCGCCUGUGCGCUCCCAUGGAGGGCACCGACGCCGGCCGCCUGGCAGAGUGCCUGGGGCUGGACGGGGCGCGGUUCCGGGCGGCGGCGGCGGCGGGGCGGGGGGAGGCGCGUGAGGACGCGCUGCUGGCGGCGGCGGCCAGCCUGGACGACGAGGACAGGUACAAAGACUGCCAGCCCCUGAUGCUGUCCGCCCCCGGCGGCGCCGCCCCCUGGCGCUUCCCCGGAGUGCGGGAGCUGCUCAAGCCGCACCCUCCGGUGGCCAUCGAUGCCGCGCUGCUGCCGCCGCCGCCGGGCGGCGGCGAGGGACAGGGCGACGGCGAGGGCGGUGCAUCGGCGGCGGUGGAGCCGCGCCGCCCGCUCUCCACCGCCGCUCUGUGCAACCAGGUGCGGCUGGCGCAGCGGGCGGCGAUACGGCGGUACUAUGAGGGACGGGUGCGGAGCGACGACGAAACAGCGCCGUGCGAAGGCCGCAACGUGUGCCUGGCGGUACGGGAGGAUGCGGCGCCGGGCAUGGUACCGCCCGACCUGCGCUGCACGGGGCACAUGCGGCUUGUGGUGGGGGAGGGAGAGCUGUACACGCAGGCCUCAGGCGGCGGGCUGGCUGCGGCGGCGGCAGGCGUGCAGCCCGCCAGGCUGUCCUACCUGCACCGCCUGUUUGAUGUGGAGGGCGUGCUGCACUCCCUGGAUAACCGCGAGGCGGCGGAGGCAGCUGCCCAGAAGCUGGCCCCGCUGCGCCCCGCGCUGGACGAGGCGGCGGCGGCGGCGGCGGCGCUGCGGGACGCCUCGGCGUACCGCUGGGUGGACCUGGGCGCCAUGUUUGGCCGCCUCGGCGCCAUGCUGGCUGCUGGGUAG